UGCGUUUUCCGGCUGCGACUACGCGACGCCGCGCCUCUCAGCCUGCGCGUCAUCAUGGCGCAGGGACAGCGCAAGUUUCAGGCGCGGAAACCUGCGAAGAGUAAGGCGGUCGCUACGGCUUCGGAGCGGAGCCGGGGCCCGAGGAAGGGCGGUCGUGUUAUCGCCCCGAAGAAGGCUCGCGUUGUGCAGCAGCAGAAGCUCAAAAAGAACCUUGAGGUCGGGAUCCGGAAGAAGAUUGAGCACGACAUGGUGAUGAAAGCCAGCACCAGCCUUCCCAAGAAGCUGGCGCUGCUGAAGGCACCCGCCAAGAAGGGAGGGGCCGCUGCCUCCAAGGCCCCUUCCUAAGGAUACUGGCUUCCAUGACAGCGACCACUGGCACAACCCCUACCUUCGGCUCACACCUGUGCAGGGUCCCCUCAAGUAGCAUCGUGAGGAGGAGGUGCCCUGUCCAAAGCCCCUGACUGUACCUGGAACUUAAGUGGGGGUUCAGACCAUCAGCCAAUGAUAACACAUCCCUGGGGUACAGGUCAGUCUCCCAGGCUACUGAAACUUAGCAAAGGCCAGAAGGAUAUUAUCACCAACUCCUGUACCCCCACCUUUCCCCAGGACUCAAUAAAUCUAGCUUUGUCCUUCCUCCGGCAGUCACCAUGCUCCUACAAGCAGGCCAGGGUGUUAACGCAUCCUGGUCAGCACCAUCAGAUUCCAGGGGACAGCCAGGGAAGGAGGGCUGCGCUUCUGUGCCUUCAGCCUGGAAGCUGGCGGAGUCUCUUUCUCCAACCUGCUCCAUUACCUGCAUACUCUCCAGACACAUCCACGUCAUCACCUUUGCUGGGGAGGGGACAAGCCAGCCAGCAGCUGCUCAUCUGUAGGGUCGUUGCUAACACCACCUCAUGGGGUCACAGUGCCACUUCAGGGUAUAAAAAGCCUUGAUAACUAGUAUUUCGGUAGCACAUCUGUGACCCAGGAACUGUUCCUGAGAACUUCCCACCCAUCACCUUGACCUUGGGAUGCCCAAGUUGGGUCAUCUGGAACCAGGACUUGAAACUGCUAUUGAUAGGGUCCUGGCUUCCACUCUCAGUUCACCAAUGCCACCUCUCAACGAAGAUUCUCUCCUGGUCUCACCCAGCCCCCCAAAUCUUAGGACAGUGCCUGUGGAACCAGCUGGGAGCCCUGACCUAUUGGUCAGCCUUCCCUCCCUCUUGGGAGACAAGGCUGGUCACAGCACAGGGACCAGGGGGCUGCAGUCCUGCUGAGGCUGAGCAGUGGUGUUGAGCAAAGGUGGCAGGAUCUGUGUGCAAUGGGCUGCACCCCCUGAGGUGGAUGACUGGUCCCUGGGCAGCCCCCCUUCCUGGCCAGAUUCAGCCCCUCAGGUAUACUUUCUUGGUCCCCACAUAUGGGCAUUCACAAUGCUGGAACUACCAACUUUUUUUUUUUUUUUUUUUCAAACAGCUCACAUAUUUAUUACAGAGCCAGGUACAGAGGUGUACCAAGAGAACACAAGUCCACAAAGCAGUGAUGUUUUUACUGACAUGGUAGAUGCUAUUGAUCUCAAUACAGCAUAAAUAUGCGCGCCAUCUCCGUGCGAUUCCUUACAGACCCAGCUUGGUUCUUCUCCAGUGUCUCCUCUUGGAAUUGUACCUGAUUUUAUUACCAGUUUUCAUCCGAAUCCACUGGGGAAUGGGACGGUUCUGUUUUUGUUUCUUGGCUAGGAAUCGCUUGAUCCUGAAAGUCUUGUGAGAAGACAUGGCGGGGAAGAGGUAAGCGCACACAGCGCGAUGGCGGCGGGAAGGAGCGAGAGACUACCAACUUUUUUUAAAUAAAGAUUGAUUUAUGCAUACAAGAACUGAGGUACAGGCCAGAGGUGCAGGGGGAAGAAAGGAUACACCAGAGAGAGUGGGGAGCAGAACAGGCAGAUCGACUGAAAUACACUGCUGAGGGGAGCAGCAGGUGAGACAGGAGAGGUCUGCACCAUGUGGGUAGCUCCCUGGCCAACACAGGGAUUGGACUUGUAUUGCAGAAGCUGUGGAUAGCUUCACAGCACUGUGCUUAACCCCUUGCACCACCAGGGAGGCCCAGGAACUACCAACCUGUUUAAAAAAAAAAAAAAGCAAGGGACAACUUCCAUGGGAAACAAAUCUGGCAGCUCUUUGAGUUCAAUGUGGAGUGGCCGUAGCACCUUCCAUACCAUACUGAGACAGUCCCCGCGAGACCUGAAGAGACUGCAGCAGCAGGCACACGUGUCCAUUUGUGGCAGAGUGGGUAAACAAGAUGUGGUCUGUUCUUAACCUGGGAUUAUUAUUUAAUCAUAAAAAGGAAUGAGUCACUGGUAUGUGCCACAGCACAGGAACUUAGAAAACAUGCUGAAGGAAACCAGACACUGGAGGCCACAUCCUGCGUUGUCGCAUGGAGAUGAAAGCGACACAACACAUCAGAGACGGGAGCAGGUUGCAGGGGAGAGGCAGGGAAACGCAGCUAAUGGACACAGGGUCAUCUCUCGGAGCUGAUGAAAAUGUUUUGGUUGCAAAACACUGAAUAUGCUAAAUGCCACAGCAAUGUACACUUAAAUGGCUUUUUUUUAACAUUUAUGUAUUUAUUUGAUGUAGGCCAUAGGUGUGGGGGGGUGAGAGACUUCACCAGAGUGGGGAGCAAAACAUCUACUGAAAUCCACUGCUGAGGGGAGCACCGGGCGAGACAGGA